AUGGCCUCCUCCUCCUCGCCGCCGCCGCCGCCGCUGCUGCUGCUCCUGGCCGCCACGGCCCUGUCGGCGUGGGCAGCCUCCCCGGGCUCCGAGGGCGCCAACGGCAGCAGCAGCAGUAGCAGCAGCAGCAGCAGCAGCGGCGCAGCCGGCGCGACGGUGGUGACCGUGGCUCUGGUGCUGCCGGAGCGCAACCCCAGCUACCCGUGGGCCCGGCCGCGCGUGGGCCCCGCCGUGGACAUGGCCCUGGAGGCGCUGGAGCCGGCGCUGCGGGCCGCCGGGCUGUCCACGCGCACCGUGUUCGCCACGUCGGAGCUCCACGGCGCCUGCUCGGAGUCGGUGGCGCCUCUCAAGGCCGUGGACCUGAAGCUCUACUACGACCCGGACGUGCUGCUCGGGCCCGGCUGCGUCUACCCGGCCGCCUCGGUGGGGCGCUUCGCCUCGCACUGGCGCCUGCCGCUGCUCACGGCCGGCGCGGUCGCCUCGGACUUCCGCCACAAGAAGGAGCAUUUCAGCACGCUGGUCCGCACCGGCCCGUCGGCGCCCAAGCUCGGCGCGUUCGUGGCCCAGCUGCACGAGCACUUCAACUGGACCUCCCGCGCCGCCCUGCUCUACGUGGACCGCAAGACCGACGACCGGCCCUUCUACUUCACCAUCGAGGGCGUCUACGAGGAGCUGCGCCACGCCGGCCUCACCGUGGGCUACCACAUCUACGCGCCCCGCGACAACAACGGCAGCGCCGGCGCCGGCGACGAGGGAGGCGGCCCGGAGACGGCCGUCCAGUUCAUCAAGGCCAACGGGCGAGUCAUCUACAUCUGUGGGCCACUGGAGAUGUUGCACCAGGUCCUGCGCCUGGCCCAGUAUGAGACCAUGGCCAAUGGCGACUACGUCUUCUUCUACGUGGAUGUCUUUGGAGAAAGCCUGCGAGCCGAGGGCAACCGGGAGGCUGCCAAGCCCUGGCAGAGUAAGGAAGGCCAGGACCUAGGAGGCCUACGGGAGGCCUUCCGGACGGUGCUGGUGAUCACCUACCAUGAGCCCCAAAACCCAGAAUACCGGCGCUUCCAGAAUCAGCUGAUCCUGCGUUCCCGAGCGGAGUUUCAGGUGGAGCUCAAUGACUCACUGAAGAACCUGGUGGCCGGCUGCUUCCAUGAUGGGCUGCUGCUCUACGCCAUGGCGCUGAAUGAGACGAUCAACGAAGGCGGGACCAAGCGCAACACCAGCCGCAUCCUCGAAAAGAUGAAGGGGCGGAAGUUCCAGGGCGUCACUGGGACUGUGAGCAUGGACGAGAACAACGACAGAGACACGGAUUUCGACCUGUGGGCCAUGGCAGAUGCGGAGAGUGGCGAGUACCAGAUGGUAGGACACUAUGUGGGAUCGGAGAAGCAGAUGAACUGGCUGGGGCCCAUCCGCUGGGUGAAGGGGGGGCCGCCACUCGACAACCCACCCUGUUUCGACGUGGACGACCCCUCCUGCGAUCAAAGUCCCCUCAACACGCUGGCCAUUGUGGCGCUGGGCGCUGGGCUCACCUUCCUCAUGUUUGGCGUUUCCAGCUUCCUGAUCUUCAGGAAGCUCAUGCUGGAGAAGGAGCUGGCCAGCAUGCUGUGGCGCAUCCGCUGGGAGGAGCUGCAGUUCGGGAGCGCGGAGCGCUACUGCAAGGGGGCCGGCAGCCGCCUCACCCUCUCUCUGCGAGGGUCCAGUUACGGCUCCCUGAUGACGGCACAUGGCAAGUACCAGAUUUUUGCCAACACAGGACUCUUCAAGGGAAACGUGGUGGCCAUCAAACACGUCAACAAGAAGCGGAUUGAGUUGACGAGGCAGGUGCUCUUCGAACUCAAGCACAUGCGAGACAUCCAGUUCAACCACUUGACACGGUUCAUCGGGGCCUGCAUUGAUCCGCCCAACAUCUGCAUCGUGACCGAGUACUGUCCCCGUGGCAGCUUACAGGACAUUCUGGAGAACGAGAGCAUCAACCUCGACUGGGUGUUCCGCUACUCGCUCAUCAAUGACAUCGUCAAGGGCAUGGCCUUCCUGCACACCAGCAUCAUUGGCUUCCACGGCAGCCUCAAGUCCUCCAACUGCGUCGUGGACAGCCGCUUCGUGCUCAAGAUCACGGACUACGGCCUGGGCAGCUUCCGGCAUUGCAGUGAGAGCGAGGGCAGCCAUGCUCUGUACGCCAAGAAGUUGUGGACUGCCCCAGAGCUGCUGCAAAAGGGCCCCCCGAUUCUGGCCCCCCUCGCCAUGCAAAAAGCCGACGUGUACAGCUUCGGGAUCAUCCUCCAGGAGAUUGCGUUGCGCAACGGGGCCUUCUACAUUGAGGGCAUGGACCUCAGCCCCAAGGAGAUUGUGCAGAAGGUGCGCAACAGCCAGAGGCCCUACUUCCGGCCCACCACUGACACGCGGCUGCACAGCGAGGAGCUGGCCGUCCUGAUGGAGCGCUGCUGGGCCCAGGACCUGACCGAGCGGCCAGACUUUGCCCAGAUCAAGAUCUUCAUCCGGCGCUUCAACAGGGAGGGCAGCACCAGCAUCCUGGACAACCUGCUCUCGCGCAUGGAGCAGUACGCCAACAACCUCGAGAAGCUGGUCGAGGAGCGCACGCAAGCCUACCUGGAGGAGAAGCGCAAGGCAGAGGCCCUGCUCUACCAGAUCCUCCCCCACUCAGUGGCUGAGGAGCUCAAGCGCGGAGAGACGGUGCAGGCGGAGGCCUUUGAUUGCGUCACCAUCUACUUCAGUGACAUCGUGGGCUUCACCUCCUUGUCAGCGGAGAGCACCCCCAUGCAGGUGGUGACCCUCCUCAAUGACCUCUACACCUGCUUUGACGCCAUCAUUGAUAACUUUGACGUGUACAAGGUGGAGACGAUUGGCGAUGCCUACAUGGUGGUGUCGGGGCUGCCUGUGAGGAACGGCAAGAUGCACGCGCACGAGGUGGUCCGCAUGGCGCUCGCCCUCCUCGAGGCGGUCCAGACGUUCCGCAUCCGGCACCGGCCCAACGAACAGCUGCAUCUGCGCAUCGGCAUCCACUCGGGGCCCGUGUGCGCUGGGGUGGUGGGCCUCAAGAUGCCGCGCUACUGCCUCUUCGGGGACACCGUCAACACAGCAUCGCGCAUGGAGUCCAGCGGCGAGGCGUUGAAGAUUCACGUCUCCUCCACUACCAAGGAGAUCCUGGACGAGUUUGGCUGCUUUGAGCUGGUUCUGAGGGGAGAUGUGGAGAUGAAGGGCAAAGGGAAGAUGCGGACGUAUUGGCUGCUGGGUGAGAAGAAGUCGGCCGUCAUCUGAGGUGGCUUCUCCCCGUGACUCCUCCCACUUGGGUACAGGGCAGCAGCUCCUCCCACCCAGAGCCACAGAUGCCUUGGUGCAAUGAGGGCCCCAGCAAUAUGAGAGCGAGAGAGAGCGAGAGGGAAGGAGGAUGGACCAGCAGGGGCAGGUGAUGCCCCACCUGGAGAGGCCCUGGGCCCACCUGGGCAGAAGGCCACAGACCGCUGCCUCUCGCUGCGCUGGACCGCAACGUCUCCCUGACACGGAAGCAGCCCCCUGACCAGAUCACAAGAACUGGGCCGGCAGGAGCCCAGGAGACACGGCCGGCCUGCACCAGCAUGGGGCUGUGCCCAGCUCAUUCCCGCAUGCCCGGCCCAGCAGUGGCCUGGCUGGAUCCUGACCCCCGCGGCUCCACAGCUCAGCUGGCUGAGCUCACCUCCUCCCAUCAGGACUGCAGCUGCCCACCCACCCCCGCAC